AUGAAUACCUCCGAGAUGCCGCGAGGUGACAACUUCACCAACAGCUCCUCCAACUGUACAAUUGACAGCUUCAAGCAAGUAAUUUACCCCAUCAUGUAUCUCUCUAUCUUCUUCCUGGGCGCUGUUGGAAACGGCCUCUCCAUUUAUGUUUUCUUUCAGCCUUCGCAGAGGAAGACCUCAGUAAACAUUUACAUGCAGAACUUGGCUGUCUCGGAUCUCAUGUUUGUGAGCACUUUGCCCUUUCGGGCCACAUAUUUCCUGUUAGGAUCACGUUGGAUAUUUGGUGAUAUUGUCUGCAGGAUCAUGACUUACAUCUUGUAUGUGAACAUGUAUUGCAGCAUUUAUUUUCUCACUGUGCUCAGCGUGGUUCGUUUCUUAGCCAUCGUCUACCCCUUCAAACACUGGAAGGUAACCAACAUGAAGUACGCCAGGAUAAUAUGCGCAGCUAUAUGGGUCUUUGUGCUGGCAGCUUCCAGCCCUCUGUUAACCAAAGUAGUCGCUGCAUACAAGAACACAGAAAAGUGCUUGGACCUCCACCCCUCCAGCACGCAAGGACUCUUCAUGAUGAACAGCUUUGUCCUCAUCGUGGGCUUCAUUCUGCCAUUUUUCACAAUUAUUUUCUGCUAUGUCUUUGCAAUCAAAACGUUGCUCAAGUCCAAGACUCCGCAGCGCAAGAAGGCAGUCUGUCACAAGAAGGCACUGUCAACCAUCAUCAUCACUCUCAUCCUCUUCCUCAUCUGUUUCCUGCCGUAUCACAUACUACGAACUGUCCACCUGAUGCGCAGCAACUGCAGCCAGGGCAACCUGACCUUGCACAAAGCGCUGGUGGUCACUCUCUGCCUUGCUGCCAUGAACAGCUGCCUCGAUCCCAUCCUCUAUUACUUCGCUGCUGAAAAUUUCAAAGCGAGAAUCAGAAGUUUGUACCGCAGGUAGUUGAUGCAGAAUUGCAAAAUGCUGUAUAUAUGGUCCCAAUGGGACAUCUAGACUGGAUCCAUACUACUCAAUGGCAGAGGUUGUGUGGUGCUAGCCAGCCUGCAGCCAUGCUGCUCAGUGCCAGGCACCUCUAGAGCAUAAGUGUCUUUGAGACAGCUCAUUGGAGAUGGCCAAAACCAAGGCAGGAUGAUCAGAGGUGCCUGGGUGUGAUCCCUGGUCCUCUUCUAUUUAGCAUAGAUACAACUCUAGUGUUCACCCUCACCAGGACAAGGCAUUGAAAGGGAUUUACCUGGCUGCUAAGGUCCAUUUAUUUCAUUUCACAAUACUCAACCAGUGACUCGAAGGGAAACUGCUCACCUGGCCACCUCAGUGUCUGUGUCUGAACCUCUCUGUGCUCCUUCCCUGUGUGUGCGGAGGUGCGUGGUUCAGACGCUGUAAUGCCCAACAGCUUCACAGUGCCCUGUCAGUUCCCUUUGCAAACACCGGCCAAAGGUUUGCAUGGAACAGAAAUGUAAAGCAUCACUGAUACUUCCUGCUGCAUCUGA